AUGGAGGAAUUGGAGCAACAAUUUGACCAGUGGAACGAUCCUACUUUGACUUUCGCCCAGCGCAUGAGAAAUGGAGAAACAAUGUCUCCUGGUUUUGCCCUUUUGGUCAGGAAAGGAGAAGAUGGACAGCCAUGUCGAAUCAUGUUUAUUUCCAAUCCGGUCUUGACCAAGCCAGAUGUAAUGGAACCCAAUACUUUUGGAGCUCCAGCUCCCUUUGGGGAAAUUGUCAAUAAUGAUCUUGCGCGAAAGUACAUGGAGCUGCGAUUGGAAACAAACCUUUCAACUGUGAUGAUUGGAAAAUUCUGUUCUUUCCAGCAAUAG